UAAAGCUUGCAUACCACUCUGUGCGUGAGCCCUGAAUCUGCAACUCAGGAUUGAUAGCUUCCUCUUUAGCAAACUAACUGCAGAAGUUACAGAAGCUAGUCUGUACUUUCCUCAGCAGUGGCAGACAGAACAAAAGAAAGGAUUCAAUGGUCAAAAGACAGCAGAGGGGACAGGAAGGGGUAAGAGUGCAAUGAUAAGGGAGAAGAUUUUUCUCCUUUGUAACCCUGUGUGAGUGGAAGCCUUUGGCUAGACUGUUCUGACAUCCGAGUUCAUUUGUACUAGAUAUAUACCAAUGCAUUAAAAGGAACCUGCGCUCAGAAGUUUCUUCCUAAUCAGCUUCAGAAACUCUACAUUCUACAUUCUGUAUUGAAACAUAAGCUUCCCUCGACACCAGACAUGACAGAGGAAAUAACAUAUGCAGAUCUGAAAUUUCAAGAGCCUUACCCUCUGGAAAAUAUCACAGAGCCUGAAUAUACAGAGAAAGAAGCAUGUCCCAAUUUAUCCUCCAAAUGGCGUGUGGCUGCAUUGACUUCAAUCACCCUGUGCCUGCUAUUGCUGGUAGGGCUGGCAGCCCUGGCGGUCCUGUUUUUCCAGGCUACCAAGGAUAAAGAGAGAGAAGCUGAAGAAGUCAAGCAAAUGAAGGAAGUUCUGCAAACAAAUUUCUCAAAGUUGCAAGAAAUAAGAAAGAGUUUGUGUCUGGAAGGGGAAAAGGAGAAGAAAAAUAAUGGAGUCAGCUGCCCACUGUGCCCUGCACACUGGCAGUGGAGAGGAGGAAAUUCCUGUUACUAUGUUUCUACAAACCAGGUCACAUGGGGUGAGAGUCAGAAGUCGUGCUCCAUGUGGAAUUCCACCCUUGUCCUGGUGAAAGAUAAGGCAAAGGAGGAAUUUCUAAAAAAUCAGUUUCCAAAACUCAAUUAUUGGAUUGGAUUAUCAUAUAAGGAACAGAGGAAUGGCUGGUUUUGGGAGGACAAUGUAACUUUUAUAAACCUGCACCCACAAAAGUACUAUCCAUGUGCAUAUUUUGCUUCAUGGUAUAUUGAUUACAGUAAAUGUGAAACCAAAUGUAACUGGAUCUGUGAGAAGGCAGUCUUCCAGCUGAAUCUAACAGAUAGCCAUCAUAAGGAAGAUUAAUUUUCAGUGUACUAAUGAUUAUUUAUUGGUGAUUGCAACAUCCUCUCUACAUUGGACAUUUAUCCUGCUAUAGCUAACAGACAACUAGCACUUAGAAGAUGGAUUUCUUGCUGAAAUUAUUAUUUAUUAGCAAAGCAGCGCACUCUGUCUUAUGCUGGUUUACUUUUAUAACUGAAAAGCUUUCAAAAUCUGUGUUGAAUGAGUCACUCUUGGUAUAUCUGUUGUCAUUGUUGGAUUCUAUCUGAUAAUCACAUUCCUGAAGGAGCCGACACAGCAUGGAAUAUAUAUAACCCCAUAGAGAAUGUGCUAGACUUGUUAGUCCACAUCUGUAAUGAUUAACAGCUGUCAAACUGAAAUUGCAAAUGCCACAGAAGUAGGCUGACCAUAUGGAAAUCCCAGGAAUCCAGGACAUCAUCUGGGUAAAAUGGGACACUUCCCUCUGCUCCCAAUCCCCCGGGUGCUCUCAAAAGUAAGCAGGGGCAGGGAUGCAUGCCAGGCAGGCGGCAGUGCAAGGCAUUCCACACUACUCUGACUCAUGACCAGACUGUGCCCCAUGUCCCUGUGUUUCCAGGACACCCAUUAUAAUUUCCAACUGCCAGCCAAGACCAGCUUCAGAAACCUGAGACUGUCCCAGUUAAAACAGAACAUAUGGUGACCCUAUGGAGAAGUCAUGGACUGAUGUAAUUUGGAUAUUUAAAGAACUAUGAAGUCUUAGCUUGCUCAUCACAAAAAAAAAACACCUCACUACAAUUGUUUCCUAUGGCCUAUUUCCUGGAGAUAAUAUAUAAGGCAACUUUAUGAAACUCAAGUGAGGAGACUUUGGCCACCCCAGUUCUGAAGUCUGCUCCAUAGUCCUGGUAAACGAUCUGCUACAAAUCAUUUCCCAGUCACUGAACUAACCUUUUUGCUUCUGCACAGGUAUUUAACAUACUGCGCACACCCUCACACAAUCCUAAGCAAACUCUCCACCUCUUCACUACUUACACUCACCAAUAUCACUUACGAAUCCAUCCUCAUGGAGUCAAAUUAUGCAAAGCUUGAUGUUUAAAUCUUUCCUGAAGUUACUUCUCUUUUUUAAUCAUUUUGUUGGAAGGAAAGCAUGAAAAUUAUAUAUAUUAAUUUCUCAUUAGAUAUCCACUACCUGUUAUAGUGUAAAGGCAAUUCAGAAGACAUUCUGAAUGUGUUCUAUAGAAAACCUUUGGCACUCAGACAGGGAACCUGCAUUUUUAAAUGGACUAGAGAACCGUAGGACCAAAUUCUGUUUUAUUUAUGCAAAUUAAAACAAGAAGAAUAAAAGGAUUUCUGCAAUGGUCUGUGCCUAGGACUAUUCUUGAAAUCACUCACAGCUAUCAGGUGAUGAAGAAGAUACCUGAUCAUUCACACUUGUUUUUGGACUGUACCAGGGUUAUUCCUUCUGUGCUUCACAGGUCUUGCAUAUUUCCAGACUCAGCCUAGGGCAGUGGUCUCCAACCCUUUUAAAUAGGAAAUCACCUUUGGCAUUUAAAAGCAACCAAAGAUCUGCUGUUCACUUCCACCACCCCAUCUCCUUCCCACUUCCUCCCCCCCCCACCAGCCAGCAGGUAAGUCUUUGGGGAGGGAAGGGGGGGGGGGCAGAUAGAGGCUGAGGAAAAAAAAAUAUUUAGGGGUACGCCUCCGCAGCAGGCAAGUCUGUGGGGGAAGGGGCAGGGCAGAUGGAGGCCCCAGCCCUAGCCCCCUUCCUCCCUCACCAUGGGGGGCUCAAUCUGGCCCUUGCCCCAGGCUGGGCUGGGGGUGGGGUGCACACGUGCAUGUAUGCGGGCACUCAGCCCCCCACCCCAGCCUCAGAUCAACUCCAGGAGGCUCUGAGAUCUACCGGUAGAUCAAAAUCCACUGAUUGGUGACCACUGGCCUAGGGUGUUGGAGCUACUUGAACAAGGAUUAGGUGGUUUGGGCUGUAUAGAUUCCUCCUGUUUGACCCCAGUGUUAGGGAUAGAUUAGCACACCUGAGAUGACAAUUUCUGAUCUCUUCAUGGGGGGACUGAACAUUCAAUGUGAAGGGGCCUCAUCUCUGGAAUUUUCCACCUCAAUGAUCUACCUGGGGACUCAUCUACAAAACAAAAUGGCUGUGUAGACACUAGGGCAGAAUGGACGGAAAUGGGGUAGGCAUUAAAUGUAGAGUUUAGUUUCUUAGCAUAUUUGUGUAUAAUUUUGCAUUGGAUUCGUUUUAUAAUCCUGUAAAUAGAUAUAUGUUGUUUUAUCUGUAUUUCUUGUAUUUUAUAUGCUGUAUAAUUGUAGCGGUGCAGGCUUUUACAAAUAAAAAUAUUAUUUACUAUUUCUAUGAAA